UUCAGAGACCCCUCGAUAUGAAGUGGUCGAAUCUGUAAUAUUGUAACUUUGAAAAAAUGGCGGUCGAGGCAAGUGAAAGUUGGGUUAGAGAAAGAGUAGAUUUAAACUAUGAAAAUCUUGGUGAUGUACGGUCAUUGUCAUUGCCUGGAAGUUAUCAUGAAAAGAUUAAUUACCUUGGAACUGCAUUGCACAGCUUUGAAAGACUUAAAAAUCUUGACCUGUCAAGGAAUUCGCUAAUAAGUCUAGAUGGGCUAGACCAUCUGACCAUGCUUGAAACACUCAACUUAUAUUAUAAUAAUAUAUCCAGUUUAAAGGAUUUAUUCCAGCUACGACACAACAGCAACCUGCAGGAGUUAGAUCUUAGACUCAAUCCAGUCACUAAGAAUGAACCAGACUACAGACUUUUUGUAGUGCACAUGCUGCCUAACCUACGGAAACUAGAUGACCGCUCUGUACGUGAUAGCGAAAGGAAAGCAGCAUUGCUCCACUUUAAUUCCGAGCAGGCUAAUGAGUUGACAGAGCAUGCUCAAGAAGAGAAAGCUGUAAUGAAAGGUCAGAGGUUAUACCAACCAAGAGCAGAGUAUGUAAGAGGGAUGGCAAAGAGGACAUCAGUUGUAGAGGACGACGAUUCUGAGCUCCUUGACAUGAUUGCAAGGACUGGCGGUGACCUAAGACGACCCAGAGUGCUGUCUGGAUCAGCAGUUGCAGCCCCAUCUGUUGAACACCAUGAACGAGAUCACAGUGCAGGUGUGAAAAUCAGUCAGGAAACUGAUGUUGAACCAGUAGAAACUCACCCUAGCCUUUCACGAUAUGACGAGUACUCUACUCACCCAUCCCCAUCACGCCGCGCAAACCUUGUAACACAAAUGAGGGACAUGCACGAUGUUGAUGGAGAUCCUCAAGAUAGAGAGGUGGCAUACAGUGGCUACGGAGAAACAGGUCAUCGCAACCAAGCUCCAGGGUUUGAUGAUGCCUAUUUGUAUUCAAAACUCCCUGUUGUAGGUCAUACACAGCAGACGAUUAGACCUCAUAGUCCUACUAGAGGGCGCACCAGAGUGCAAUUCCAGGAUGGUGUCCGGCCAAGAGGAACAGAACUAGGAGAUCCCAACUUAAGGUUCACUGAUGAAACAGAUGCUUACUCUUCUUACAAGUCGGUUGGAUAUUUCACCCCAAAUCCUAUGUCUGCAGAAACUGAUUCCAGUCAUCUGGGUAUUUCUGGCUCAAGAGCAACCACCAACCAAAUCAAAACAACACAAGAGGGGUACACAUCAGAGUCGGCUAUGGCAACUCCGCAACGUAGGCCAACAGAGAGCAGACAGCUUACAGGGCAAAGUGAAACAUACUACAAACCAGCACCUGCGUCUUCAUGUGAAAGUAAAGAAAUGCCUGCGCAAGUAACUUCAUUAUCUUCUGAUAAAGAUGGCUCUGUAGAUCCAGUUUCUGAAGAGUUUCUCACCAAAUUCCUAAAUCUUGUUGAUAGAUAUUGGAAUGGAUCAAAAUCUCUUCACAAACAUAAAAAAUUCCAAGGUCAAGCAAGGACAAUGCUAUCAAACUUUGUGUCGGAUGUGACAGCAGAAAGCCAACAGAAAGCAGACCUCUACCAAAAGGACUUGGCUAAGUUUGCGCAAGAGAAUGUCAGUCUUAGAGGACAGCUUACCACCAGUGCUAAGGAGAGCUCGCAGAAUCAGAUGAACCAUGAAGGUCUGCAAACUGCCCUUCAACUGGCACAGGAUGAUAUGGAUGUUUUGAAAGAAAAACUGCAUCAGGCAAAGGAAGAAAACCAGGCCCUAAAGGAGCAAGUAUCAUCGAUGGAGACCGGGAUGCCAAAAAUCCAGACAGCAGUAAAAUCAUCCGAACUACAAACCAAACACAUAAGUGUUCUGGAGGAUGAGAAUGAAACGUUACAGAGGGAAAUAGAUAAGAUGAGACUACAGCUUAAACAUUACGCACAGCUGCAAGAACUAGCCAAUAUGCUGCAAGAGAGUCACAAAUCUUUGGUAACAACUAAUGAUCACCUCUUACAAGAAUUGAAUGAGACAAAAGAUCGGCAUAGCAAUGAAGUGAAGCAACUUCAUUGGUCGUAUAGUGAGCUGAAACGGACGAUGGAUAUUAUGCCAAAGUAUACAAGCUCACAGGGGCUCUCGUCAGGGAGCUUCACAAGUGACGUGAACAGUCAAAGACGUUACAAUGGAGACACGUGAAGUAAUGUUGUGUUUUUCCGGUGAACAUUAGUAAAAAUUAUUUGCUAAUUAAUAUGGUAAAGAGAGUGUGAAUUGAACCAGCGACGUUUGGACGGCUGCUACCACAAUUUGCCAACUGAACUAAACUACGGUAGUUAACGAUGGUUUUUCCUAGCGCAAUACCUCUUUUGCUUAGUUCAUUUAUACAGUAUGUACUUAUGGCUAGUUAUCCUUCCAGUAUAUUUUUGGCUCCAAAUAUCUACUUAAUAAUUCCAGAUUUUAAUUUUACACCUUACAUUAACACGAAAUACUGUAUUAAUAUUUUAAUAAAAUUCAACAAUAUUAACAUUAUACUAUGCAUUAUAAAAUAGUGAUUGAUGUGUGUAUUAAUUUUUUUCCGUAUAUUUAAUAUUUUUUAUUAUAAAUAUAAAUAAUAUGCAUGUUUGUAUAUUUUACUGUGGCAUUUUGCCUCGUUUUUUGCGUUUAAUAGAUCAUUGAAAUGAUUUGAAUAUUUUAAAUAGCACCCUCGUUUAUAUCAAG